AUUCCGUGGUUACAUUUCACAGGAUUUAGAUUGACGAACUCAUCGUCCCAAUAAAAAAAAAACACUUUAUCACAAAUAAUGAAUUUGGAAAAUAAAGUAGCUAUUGUCACUGGAGCUAGUGGAGGAAUUGGGCAAGAAAUUGUCAAAUCACUUUUAAAAAUAGGAAUGCAGGUUGUCGGUUUAGGAAGACAAACUGAUAAAAUAGAAUCCUUAGAUGAUGGUUCUGGAAACCUUCAUGCAUUAAAAGUUGAUAUAAAUAACGAAGAAGAAAUUAUGGAGGCGUUUAGCUGGAUUUCUUCGAAUUUGGGCGCGAUUUACGUUCUGGUUAAUAACGCUGGUGUCAUGCCGCCAUCGGGUAUACUCGAGGGAAAGUCCGAAAAUUGGAAAUCCAUAAUGGAUGUUAACGUUGUCGCUGUGGCAGUUUGCGCACGCGAGGCCAUAAAUAACAUGAAAGUGUACGACGUUGAAGGUCACAUCGUUAACAUUGGAAGUACUUUGGGCAAUUACAGCAGCCAUUUGGAAGACGUUACACUUUAUGCCGCUUCCAAGUUCGCCGUCGGCGCUUUGACCGAAAAUUUACGAUUAGAACUUAUCAGAGCCGGGACAAAAAUUAGGGUCACUACUGUGAGUCCAGGUCUUGUUCAAACUACUUUGAUUCAUAGUUAUAAAAGUAAUGUUCCUGCGGAAGAAAUUGACGAGUUUGUUAACAGCGUACCACAUCUUAAACCUGAAGAUGUAGCUAAUGUGGUUACUUUUGUUAUAACUCAACCUCAACAUCUUCAAAUUUGUGAAGUAAUAAUGAGAGCAACCGGAGAGGCCACACCUUAAUGUUUAUUAAUUAAUUUAAUCCAUUAUUUUUUGUUUCUAUUCUUUUAAUUUAAAAUGUAACAUUUUGAAAACUAUAAAUACUUUACAAUACUUAUAAAAUAAUUCCCAACACAUCUAAUGAAUGGUGUCUUUGAAUGUAAAUACGCUCGUUCAAGCACGUCUGUCAAGUUGGCAUUACAUCUUGCGAUUUGAAUUAAAAAACACUAUUGCAUUAA